GCGAGACCGAGCCCCGCGAGAAGGCUGUGAGCGCCUCAGGCAGCCCCCGGGGCUGCAGCCGGGAAAACCGAGGCCGGGUGUCCUGGCUGCCCCGCGGGCCUCGUCCCGGCCGUGCUGAGGGGCGGCUCCGGCCCCGAGAGUGACCGCGGCGGGAGCCACAGUUGGUUCCGCCGCUGGCGUCCUCUCGCUCACCUUCACCGCAGCCCUGCGCGGAGAUCUGUGGACCAGCACAGCCUCUGCCAGGGAUGGGAAGUGAUGCUCUGCGGUAGUGCGCGAUCUUCCUGAACAUGAUUCGAAUAGCAGCCUUAAAUGCCAGCUCCACGGUUGAAGAUGACCAUGAAGGAAGCUUUAAAAGUCACAAAACCCAGACAAAGGAGGCGCAGGAAGCAGAGGCUUUUGCCUUAUACCAUAAGGCCCUGGAUCUGCAAAAACACGACCGCUUUGAGGAGUCUGCCAAAGCCUACCAUGAGCUCCUGGAGGCGCGCCUGCUGCGGGAGGCAGUUUCAUCGGGUGAUGAGAAGGAGGGCUUGAAGCAUCCUGGGCUGAUCCUGAAGUAUUCCACCUACAAGAACCUGGCCCAGCUGGCAGCCCAGAGAGAGGACCUGGAGACAGCCAUGGAGUUCUACCUGGAGGCAGUGAUGCUGGACUCCACGGACGUCAGCCUCUGGUAUAAAAUCGGACACGUGGCCCUGAGGCUCAUCCGGCUCCCCCUGGCACGCCAUGCUUUUGAGGAAGGGCUGCGGUGCAAUCCAGAUCAUUGGCCCUGCUUGGACAACCUCAUCACUGUCUUGUACACCCUCAGCGAUUACACAACCUGUCUGUACUUCAUCUGCAAAGCCCUGGAGAAGGACUGCCGCUACAGCAAGGGGCUGGUGCUCAAGGAGAAGAUCUUCGAGGAGCAGCCUUGUCUCCGCAGGGACUCCCUGCGAAUGUUUCUCAGAUGUGACAUGUCCAUCCAUGAUGUGUCUGUGAGUACGGCUGAGGCGCAGGCCAUCGUGGAUGAAGCCCUAGGGCUGCGGAAGAAGAGGCAGGCGCUGAUCGUGCGGGAGAAGGAGCCAGACCUGAAGCUGGUGCAGCCCAUCCCCUUCUUCACCUGGAAGUGCCUCGGAGAGAGCUUGCUGGCCAUGUACAACCACCUCACCACCUGUGAGCCCCUGCGGCCCAGCCUCGGCAAGAGGAUCGACCUGUCUGACUACCAGGACCCCAGCCAGCCGCUGGCAUCUUCCAUGGUGAUGACGCCCGUCAGUGUGAUCCAGCCCAGUCCCGUCAGUACCAACCCCACGGUGGCUGUGGCUGAGCCUGUGCUCUCCUACGCCUCCGUGGCCACAGCCAGCUUCCCACUGCACAGUCCUGGCCUGCUGGAGACAGGCACCCCUGUGGGUGAUGUCUCUGGGGGAGAUAAGUCCAAGAAAGGGGUAAAGCGGAAGAAAAUCACAGAAGAGAGUGGAGAGACAGCAAAGCGGAGGUCUGCGCGUGUCCGGAACACCAAGUGUAAAAAAGAAGAGAAAGUAGACUUCCAGGAGCUUCUGGUGAAGUUCUUGCCGUCCAGGUUAAGAAAGCUGGACCCCGAGGAGGAAGAUGAUCCCUUUAAUAACUACGAAGUCCAAUCGGAAGCCAAACUGGAGAGCUUCCCAAGCAUGGGGCCUCACAGGCUGUCAUUUGACUCUGCCACGUUUAUGGAAUCUGAGAAGCAAGACGUGCACGAGUUCCUGCUGGAGAACCUGACCAACGGGGGCAUCCUGGAGCUGAUGAUGCGCUACCUCAAGGGCAUGGGCCACAAGUUCCUGUUGAGGUGGCCGCCGGGCCUGGCGGAGGUGGUGCUCAGCGUCUACCACAGCUGGAGGAGGCACAGCACCAGUUUGCCCAACCCACUGCUGAGGGACUGCAGCAACAAGCACAUCAAGGACAUGAUGCUGAUGUCGCUCUCCUGCAUGGAGCUGCAGCUGGACCAGUGGCUGCUGACCAAAGGCAGAAGCUCUGCAGUGUCUCCUCGGAACUGCCCCGCUGGUGUGAUGAAUGGCAGAUUUGGGCCCGACUUCCCAGGAACCCACUGCCUGGGUGACCUCCUGCAGCUGUCAUUUGCCUCGUCUCAGCGCGACCUGUUUGAGGACGGCUGGCUGGAGUUUGUGGUCCGUGUUUACUGGCUGAAGGCUCGCUUUUUGGCACUGCAGGGAGACAUGGAGCAGGCCCUGGAGAACUAUGACAUCUGCACAGAGAUGCUGCAGAGUGCCACUGCCAUGCAGGCGGAGGCAGGUGCCGAGCAAAGGGACAUUGUCAUCCGGCUGCCCAACCUCCACAACGACUCCGUGGUUUCCCUGGAGGAGAUUGAUAAGAACCUGAAGUCGCUGGAGCGGUGCCAGUCCCUGGAGGAGAUUCAGCGGCUGUAUGAGGCAGGUGACUACAAGGCUGUCGUGCAUCUGCUGCGCCCUACGUUGUGCACCAGUGGGUUUGACCGAGCCAAGCACCUGGAGUUUAUGACUUCCAUUCCUGAGAGGCCAGCCCAGCUGCUGCUGCUGCAGGACUCCCUGCUCCGGCUCAAGGACCACCAGCAGUGUUUCGAGUGCUCUGACGUGGCUCUCAACGAGGCUGUGCAGCAGAUGAUGAACUCGAGUGAGACUGCAGCCAAGGAGGAGUGGGUGGCCACGGUGACCCAGCUGCUCCUGGGCAUCGAGCAGACACUCGCGGCCGACAGCAGCGGCAGCAUCCUGAGGGACUUGUCCUCUGCCACUGGCCUGGUGCGGCUCACCAACAACCUCAUCCAGGUCAUUGACUGCAGCAUGGCUGUGCAAGAGGAGCCCAAGGAGCCUCACGUCUCCUCGGUGCUGCCCUGGAUCAUCCUGCACCGAAUCAUCUGGCAGGAGGAAGACGCCUUCCGCUCCCUGUGUCACCAGCAGCAGCUUCAGAACCCGGCAGAGGAAGGGAUGUCGGAGACACCCAUGCUCCCAUCUUCCCUCAUGCUGCUCAACACGGCCCAUGAGUAUUUGGGAAGGAGGUCCUGGUGCUGCAACUCGGAUGGGGCUCUGCUGAGAUUCUACGUGCGAGUUCUCCAAAAGGAGCUUGCGGCGUCCACCUCUGAAGACACACACCCCUACAAGGAGGAGCUGGAGACGGCCCUGGAGCAAUGCUUCUACUGCCUGUACAGCUUCCCCAGCAAGAAGAGCAAGGCCAGGUACCUAGAGGAGCACUCGGCCCAGCAGGUGGAUCUUAUAUGGGAGGAUGCUCUGUUUAUGUUUGAGUAUUUUAAGCCCAAGACACUUCCUGAGUUUGACAGUUACAAGACCAGCACUGUGUCUGCUGACUUGGCCAACCUCUUGAAGAGAAUUGCCACCAUCGUGCCCCGCACGGAGAGGCCGGCGCUGAGCAUGGACGCAGUCUCCGCCUACAUUGAGGGCACCUCAUCUGAGGUACCCUGCCUCCCAGAAGGGGCUGACCCCUCCCCUCCAGUGGUGAAUGAGCUCUACUACCUGCUGGCUGACUAUCAUUUCAAAAACAAGGAGCAGUCCAAGGCCAUCAAGUUCUACAUGCACGACAUCUGCAUCUGCCCCAACAGGUUCGAUUCCUGGGCAGGCAUGGCCUUGGCUCGGGCCAGCCGCAUUCAGGACAAGCUGAACUCCAAUGAGCUGAAGAGCGACGGACCCAUCUGGAAGCACGCCACGCCUGUCCUGAACUGCUUCCGGCGGGCCCUGGAGAUCGAUAGCUCCAACCUGUCCCUGUGGAUUGAGUACGGCACCAUGUCCUACGCCUUGCACUCAUUUGCCUCUCGCCAGCUGAAGCAGUGGCGAGCCGAGCUGCCCCCUGAGCUCGUGCAGCAGAUGGAGGGCCGGCGUGACAGCAUGCUGGAGACUGCCAGGCACUGUUUCACGUCAGCGGCGCGCUGCGAGGGCGACGGCGACGAGGAGGAGUGGCUCAUCCACUACAUGCUGGGCAAGGUGGCCGAGAAGCAGCAGCAGCCACCCGCCGUGUACCUGCUGCACUACCGGCAGGCCAGCCACUACUUGCACGAGGAAGCAGCCCGCUACCCCAAGAAGAUCCACUACCACAACCCGCCGGAGCUGGCCAUGGAGGCCUUGGAGGUGUACUUCCGGCUGCACGCUUCCAUCCUGAAGCUCCUGGGGAAGCCUGACUCUGGGGUUGGUGCGGAGGUCCUGGUCACCUUUAUGAAGGAGGCUGCAGAAGGACCCUUUGCCAGGGGCGAGGAGAAGAACACCCCCAAAGCUUCGGAAAAGGAGAAGGCCUGCCUGGUGGACGAGGACUCCCACUCUUCAGCUGGGACACUGCCGGGCCCCGGAGCCUCCCUCCCCUCCUCCUCUGGCCCAGGUCUGACAUCCCCACCUUACACAGCCACUCCGAUUGACCACGAUUACGUCAAAUGUAAAAAACCCCACCAGCAGGCGACGCCGGACGACCGCAGCCAGGACAGCACAGCAGUGGCACUCUCGGACUCCAGCUCUACCCAGGACUUCUUUACUGAGCCUGCCAGCUCCCAGGAGGGCCCACGGAAGCCCUACACAGAGAAGAAGCUGCCCGCUGUCAGUGCCCAGCCAGUGCCGACCGGUAAAGACCUUCAGGGGGCCGCGGAGGAAAGAGCUGUAGGGAAAACCGAGGAGUCCUUGGAGAGCACAGAAGGCUUCCGGGCUGCAGAGCAAGGCAGCCAGAAAGCUGCUGGAGAGCCCCCAGCCUCUGCUGGCGUAUCCGUGAAGCCCCCGGUGUCUGUGCCCGCCCCAUGGGACGGGAAGAAGAGAGGAGACCCUCCCGGAGAGCCAGUGGCCUUCCCGCAGGGGCUGCCAGCCGGUGCCGAGGAGCAGCGCCAGUUCCUCACGGAGCAGUGCAUCGCCUCCUUCCGCCUGUGCCUGAGCCGCUUCCCCCAGCACUACAAGAGCCUCUACCGGCUGGCCUUCCUCUACACCCACAGCAAGACCCACCGGAACCUCCAGUGGGCCCGCGACGUGUUGCUAGGCAGCAGUAUCCCGUGGCAACAGCUGCAGCACAUGCCGGCACAGGGGCUCUUCUGUGAGAGGAACAAGACCAAUUUCUUCAACGGCAUCUGGCGGAUCCCCGUGGACGAGAUCGACCGGCCAGGCAGCUUCGCCUGGCACAUGAACCGCUCCAUCGUGCUGCUGCUCAAGGUGCUGGCCCAGCUCCGGGACCACAGCACCCUGCUGAAGGUGUCCUCCAUGCUGCAGCGGACCCCGGACCAGGGCAAGAAGUACCUGCGAGAUGCCGACCGCCAGGUCCUGGCGCAGCGCGCCUUCAUCCUCACGGUGAAAGUGCUGGAGGACACGCUGAGCGAGCUCGCGGAGGGGUCAGAGCGGCCAGGACCCAAGGGUGGCCUCCCCGGAGCCAGGAUGACCACCGACGUCUCGCACAAGGCCAGUCCCGAGGAAGGCCAGGAGGGCCUCCCCCACCCCAAGAAGCCCCCUCUGGCUGAUGGCUCGGGGGCAGGGCCCGAGACAGGGAGCAGAGUGGGGCCCCCCAGCCACCGGUCAGUGGCUCUGGACACUGGCGACACUACAGACCAGGGCGGGGAGCGGAAGGACAAGGAGAGCCCACGAGUGGGGCCCACCGAGCCUAUGGACACCGGCGAGGCCACCACUCGCCGCCCAGACGUGGAGCGGACGCCGUCCCUGCCGCCAGGCCGCCUUCCGAGGGACCGGGGCCCCGAGAGCCGGCCCACCGAGCUGUCCCUGGAGGAGCUGAGCAUCAGUGCCCGGCAGCAGCCUGCACCCCCGGCCCCGGCCCCACCUGCCCCCGCCCCCACCACUGCCACAGGGGCCCGGGGGGGCGGCCACGCUGACGAGCCACCCCCACGGCCCAGCCGCAAGAGGAAGCUCCUAGAGGACACGGAGUCGGGCAAGGCCCUGCUGCUGGACGCCUACCGCGUGUGGCAGCAGGGCCAGAAGGGCGUGGCCUAUGACCUGGGCCGCAUAGAGAGGAUCAUGUCGGAGACCUACAUGCUCAUCAAGCAGGUGGACGAGGAGGCUGCACUGGAACAGGCCGUGAAGUUCUGCCAGGUCCACCUUGGGGCCGCCGCCCAGAGACAGGCCUCAGGCGACACACCCACCACCCCAAAGCACCCCAAGGACAGCCGAGAGAACUUCUUCCCCGCGGCAGUGGCCCCCGCAGCCCCGGACCCCGUGCCAGCCGACGCCCUCCAGCGGCCGGGCGACACCCAGGCCAAGCCUCGCCCUGGGCUGGCCACCGCCACAGCCAUUGUCACCUGCCUGUCCUCGCCGUCAGCCUCCACCCCACACACGUCCAAGGACGCGGCACCCCCACGGCCGCACAGGCCUGAGGCCACGCCCAGCACGGCUGCUCUGGGCCCAGAGGGAGAGGAGCUGGCAGGAGUGGCCGAGGGCCCCGGCUUCCCUCCCCAGGAGCCGCGGCUCACCCGGCAGGUGGAGACAGCCCCGGCCGACCCAACCCGCUGGCCGGCGGAUACUGCCCCCCGGACAGGCACAGAGCCCACCUGCAGCCAGGCCUCCAGCUCCAAGGUCCCCAGCAGUAGUGGGAGCACCCAGCCACCCGAGGGCCACCCGAGCAAGGCAGAGCCCAGCCGGGCCAAGUCCCGCCUCCUGCCCAACAUGCCCAAGCUGGUCAUCCCAUCGGCCACCACCAAGUUCCCCCCGGAGAUCACCGUCACGCCGCCCACGCCCACCCUGCUGUCCCCCAAAGGCAGCAUCUCGGAGGAGACCAAGCAGAAGCUGAAGUCGGCCAUCCUGUCUGCCCAGUCGGCCGCCAAUGUGAGGAAGGAGAGCCUGUGCCAGCCGGCCCUGGAGGUCCUGGAGACGUCCAGCCAGGAGUCCUCCCUGGAGAGCGAGACAGACGACGAUGACGAGUGCAUGGACCUCUGAGGGCGGCCCCCUCCCCGCGGCACCUGGCUAGCAUGGGCUGGGCAUCCCUUUUCUAUGAAAUGUCAGUUGGCUUUGUAAAUCCCGCCCCCGCCCCGCCCAGGGCAGGCCAGGCUCCGCCCAUACCCACCCAUCCACCCUGACCUUUUUUUGUUUUUUUGUUUCUUUUCUAAUAAAGAUGAA